CUGCAGGGGUCUGACAGCAGACAGCCUUGGCGAACAGGAUCAAGGGCUGGAGUUCAGAGAUGAGCAUUUCCAGGGGAGAUGUGAGCCCAGCCGGCCACCCACUGAGCAGUUGCUGAAACAGGCCCCCAAGCUGGGCCUGCCUCACCCCCGGCCUAGCAUGCGCCUGUCGGUGCGGAGGCUGCUGCUGGCAGCUGGCUGCGCCCUGGCCCUGGUGUUGGCGGUCCAGCUGGGCCAGCAGGUGCUGGAGUGCCGGGAGGUGCUGGCGGGCCCGCGGGGCCCCCGGCGGACCAUGAGGCCAGAGCAGGAGGAGCUGAUGAUGGUGGGCACGAACCAUGUGGAGUACCGCUACGGCAAGGCCAUGCCGCUCAUCUUCGUGGGCGGCGUGCCCCGCAGCGGCACCACGCUAAUGCGUGCCAUGCUGGAUGCUCACCCCGAGGUGCGCUGCGGCGAGGAGACCCGCAUUAUCCCCCGCGUGCUGGCCAUGCGCCAGGCCUGGUCCAAGUCAGGCCGAGAGAAACUGCGUCUGGACGAGGCGGGCGUGACGGACGAGGUGCUAGAUGCCGCCAUGCAGGCCUUCAUCCUGGAGGUGAUCGCCAAGCACGGUGAGCCGGCCCGCGUGCUAUGCAACAAGGACCCCUUCACGCUCAAGUCCUCCGUCUACCUGUCCCGCCUCUUCCCCAACUCCAAGUUCCUGCUGAUGGUGCGGGACGGCCGGGCUUCCGUCCACUCCAUGAUCACCCGCAAGGUCACCAUCGCCGGCUUCGACCUCAGCAGCUACCGCGACUGCCUCACCAAGUGGAACAAGGCCAUCGAGGUGAUGUAUGCCCAGUGCCUGGAAGUGGGCAGGAGCAAGUGCCUGCCCGUAUACUAUGAGCAGCUGGUGCUGCACCCCCGGCGUUCCCUUAAGCUCAUCCUCAACUUCCUGGGCAUCGCCUGGAGCGACGCUGUGCUGCACCAUGAAGAUCUCAUCGGCAAGCCGGGUGGUGUCUCCCUGUCCAAGAUCGAGCGGUCCACAGACCAAGUCAUCAAGCCUGUGAACCUGGAAGCACUGUCCAAAUGGACGGGCCACAUCCCUGGGGACGUGUUGAGAGACAUGGCCCAUAUCGCCCCCAUGCUGGCUCGACUUGGCUAUGACCCCUAUGCAAACCCACCCAACUACGGCAACCCUGACCCCAUUGUCAUCAACAAUACGUACCGGGUCAUGAAAGGAGACUACAAAACACCAGCGAAUCUGAAAGGGUCUUUUCAGGUGAACCAGAAUAAUACCUCCUCCAACUUAGGAAGUUCAUGAUUUCCAGAUCUCUGCACGCGGGGACGCUCUGUCACCACAAAGAGAAGACACUUCGCAUUUGAGUGGAGAUCGGACCUCUAAUCCAAGCAUAUUGCUUGCUAUUAAUCACCAAGGCAGGACUGCUG